CGGAUGUGGGGGAGGAGCCGAAGGUGAGGGGGGAGGGGCAGAAAGAUGGCGUCUUUGCCACGUGCAUCUGCUAAGGCGUCUCCUCCACUCGCUGCGUCUUCUCCCAGCUGAUCGUCUCCUGCGCUCCAGCAGAGCAGCGUCUUUGCAUCUGAGUGGCGUUCACGAUGAGCUGGGGCUACCUGACACAGCUGCUGGAGGAGGUUCACCGACACUCCACAUUCCUGAGCAAGCUGUGGAUCACCACCUUCCUCAUCUUCCGCAUCGUUCUCACGACGGUGGCCGGCGAGUCGAUCUACUACGACGAGCAAGGCCGCUUCACGUGCAAUACGGCGCAGCCCGGCUGCGAGAACGUUUGCUACGACAGCUUCGCGCCACUAUCGCACGUCCGCUUCUGGGUGUUCCAGAUCAUCGCCGUCGCCACGCCCACCAUCCUGUACCUCGGCUUCGCUGUGCAUCGCAUCACCAGGAUCGAGCUAAAGCGAGACCAACGGAACAAGCGGGCCAAGCGAGUCGACCGUGCGGUUGAAUGCACGGAGGAGGUGGAGGUGGAGGAGGAGGAGGUGGAGGAGGAGGAGGAGGUGGAUGUGGAGGAGGAGGAGGAGGAGGGUGAAGAAGAGAGCAAGCGGGAGCCUUGGCAACACAACGAGCGUUGGAGGAUCAAGUCUGACGGGCUGAUGGCGGCCUACACCCUCCAGCUGCUGGCGCGUACGUUGGCCGAGAUGGGCUUCCUGGCAGGCCAGUACCUGCUCUACGGCUUUGAGGUGGCCCCACGCUUCGAGUGCGUCCGCCACCCCUGCCCACAUCGCGUGGAUUGCUUCGUGUCUCGCCCCACGGAGAAGACCAUCUUCCUCCUGCUCAUGUACGCCAUCGCCGCCCUCAGCCUCCUGCUGGAGUUGUCCGAGAUCUGCUACCUGGGGCUGGGCGCCUUCCACGACUUGCUGAGCGGGAGCAGGUCCGCGGAGGGCAAGCAGGCGGCCCUCACGACGCUGGAGGCUUCCCGGGUGAAGGUGGCCCAGGGCAGCCAGCGCGUGUCGCCGGUGCCCCCCCUCCCCGCCCCCCCCCCGGGGUACCACUCGCUGGUGGGCGCCGCCCCGGACGGGAACGGCGCCGGGAGGCCCCCGGACAGGCCGCUGGUGACGUCGCCGCUGGUGACGCCGCUGGUGACGCCGCUGGUGACGCCGCUGGUGACGUCGCCGCUGGUGACGCCGCUGGUGACGCCGCUGGUGACGCCGCUGGUGACGUCGCUGGUGACGUCGCCACCGCCGCCCCUCGCACGAUUCAAGCGGCAGGCGGCCGCCACGCUGAGCCACGUGACGUGA